AAGAGGCACCAAUCAUGAUGGUAGAAGCGAAGGGUAAACUGAAAGUUGAAACGUGACUGUAAACAUUUUAAAAGAAACCUGUAAAAACUUCAAGUAUUGGUGGUGACAAGACACCGGUGUGACUAGGUGUUGUUUAUAGAAGAACUAAAUAUAUAUGUGUUUGGCGCUUUACUGAAUAAACCAUGAUGCUGGCUUCUCAUCUUGUCAGAAACAUUGCCAGCAAGUUUCUGGUCUCUCCAGCCAGUCACAGUGGACUGUCCGUCCUUCAGAAAGCUGGGAUAUCAGGUGGGAAGCAGAUUUUGUACCAGCAGUUUCUCCGACUUACGACCGACUUGACGAGAUGUUCUCUACACUGCACCACCACAAGAUGUUCCCCUUUGUUGAGCAAGAGAAUCUCCCGGUUCACUCAAUCUUGUUUGUAUUCUUGUAUGGUGAGAGAUGGACCGAACCGGCUUGUUUUCCUUCAAGCUAAGCUAGCGGUCCCGAUGUCGUGGGAGAACGGUAUUAGACUGAUAUCGGCACAGACUAAGAGAAACACUUCACACAACUCGAUCAUGCUGUACGUUUUCUCCACUGUCAUCUUCAUGAUCGGGAUGUCCUAUGCCGGGGUGCCGCUGUACAGAUUAUUCUGUCAGGCAACAGGUCUUGGUGGCAAAGCAGUCAGAGAGGAAAAUGCUGAAAAGAUUUCCAACAUGUCUAUGGUGGAUGACCGCAUAAUUCGCGUUCGAUUCAAUGCAGAUGUCGCUUCUAGCAUGAGGUGGAAUUUUCGACCACAGCAAACAGAAGUUAAGGUCCAUCCAGGAGAAACUGCUCUUGCUUUUUACACUGCUAGGAAUCCAACCCCUAACCCUAUCAUUGGAAUAUCCACGUACAAUGUGAUCCCCUUUGAAGCAGGGCAGUACUUCAACAAGAUACAGUGCUUUUGUUUUGAAGAACAAAGACUGAAUCCCAAUGAACAGGUUGACAUGCCGGUGUUUUUCUACAUUGACCCCGAGUUUGCGGAGGAUCCCAAGUUACAGAAAGUGGACACGAUCACUCUGUCGUACACGUUUUUUGAGGCUAAGGAAGGCCUGAAGCUUCCACUGCCUGGAUACAUGACAUCAUGAUGGGCUUUUCUGAAGAGAUUAAUCGUCAAUGAAACUGAAAAACUGGAACAUUUCAAUGUGGAACUUCAGCAGCCAUUAACAAUAUGAAGACAAAUCUAAUACCGAGACUGUGGAGAUAGAAUUAAAUGUUUCUUUUUAUCUGCUCUCAAACCAAUUACACUUGGCUUUGAUACUAAACCGUGUUAUUAACUACAUCAAAGACUCUGUUGAUGUCUGUUUUUUUGCAGGACUGUAAAAUGUUGUAUACUGCAGUAAAAGUCACCCUUGUUGGUUUACAUCUAUAAACAUCAGACAUAGACAUGAAAAAGAAUUGAGGGGAGUGAUUCAUUGCUUCCCUAACUUAGAAUAUGGGGAGCUAUUUAAGAUAUUACCAUGAUGAUACCAUAUAAAUUUACAAGCUAAGGGGAAUCGAAAAUAACUGUCCUUGAACAAGGUUCUGGGGAGUGAUGUCUUUAUUUAUCAAACAUGGUUUUGGAUUAGCUACAAAAAAGGAAAAUUACGGAGAGAAGUGCUACUGAAAAAGAAAAAUUACUGAGGGAAGUGCUAUUGAAAAAGCAAAAUUACUGAGAAAAGUGCUACCAAAAAACAAACAUUACUGAAAGAAGUGCUAUUAAAAAAAUUAAAUUUACUGAGAGAAAUGCUACCGAAAAGUGAGCUAUUUAUUAGUGGUGUAUUUACAAUAGUAUACUGAUUACAAUACUUUGUUUUCUGAUGUGUGGUAAAAGGCAAACCGGAACAUAGAAAUGGACAAUACUGUGUGGCAAAAUAACAAUACAGAUUUUCAUGCUGAAAUGGAAAUUUUAACUAGUUCUAAAAAUGGAAAUCUGUUCUAAAAUGGACAAAAACAAAUCAUAUCAGAUUUAUACCUCUGAGCCCCGUUUCACAAAACUAUCUUAGCACUAAGAUCACCUUAAGUCAAUACGGUAGUUAUGCACUUACAUUAAUCUUAGCACUAAAAUCAUUUUGUAAAACGGGGCCCUGGGCCCCAUUUAACGACGCGAUCUUAGCACUAAGAUCACCUUAAGGUAGUUAUGCACUUAGUCUUAAAGUUAUGUUAGCGCUCCGAUCGCUUCGUAAAAUCGGGCCCUAGACAUGUUGAGACUGUCCAUAACCAAAUCACGAAAGCUGUGAUAAUCAAUAGGAUAAAAAAAUAUAUGUUUUUUUAUUACAGGUGUUUCAUGGAAUGGGUCGGGAUGCAAAUUAACCAUUUUUGGAGAAAAAAAAUUAGUAUCCUUUUCGCAUUCAACUGUUUUGAAAAAAUUAAAUACAGUAUUAGCCAGAAAUGUACUAGUUUAUAUAAAUAAAUAAAAAAACAUCUUUCAAAAUAUUUGGGUGCUACAUUGCUUUGAAAGAUUACAGUAGUCUGUGACAGUUUAAACUUUACUGAUGGCUUUGUUGUAUAUAAUGAAAAAACAUUGAAAUUAUAGUGAAACUUCUCUGAAUAAAACUAAAUGCAAUCCCCUGAAUAACUUUUGUGUAUUUCAGUCAGGUGUCUACUGAUGUGAAAAUUAAAAUCCUACUACCAAUACUUCAACUUAAUGUGUGUAUUUGACAUCUGUUUUACCUUUGAAAACCAAACCGUUAAAAUAGAAAAAAACUAUUGAAUCGUUUUAGUUUUCUGCAGUAUAAGUGUCGAGCACAAUUAUACAACUGGAUAUUCUUAAGGUGCAAAAACGUCAAAUUGAUGUUUAUGUUAAAGCAUGAAUGAAAAAGCUACUUUAUUUUUCAUUACCUAGCCAGGUACUGAAUGGACAUUUUUCAUGGUCUUAGCUUGUCAAAAUUUAUUUCUGGUGAAAGCAAAAAAAAACCCCAUAAUACUCUGCAAAGGAUUUUUUGUUUAAUCACACUUGACAACCAGAUUUUCAACAUAAGAUCACCUUUGUACAAACCAGCAAUUCUUAAAGUUCUGUGUAAAUGAGGUUUGAAUCUUGUGUAUUGCUUUAUUAUAUCUUAAUUUUCAGAUUGUGUUUUAGGUAAAAAGCUUGAAUGUUAAUGAUUGUAUUAUGUGUUUUUAUAACCUUCAUGAAUUAAAAAUAAUAACUCUGUAUGUAUGUGCAUUAUUAUUAUUAUUAAACUAUUGAAUGAA